GCCUAUAGAACAAGCCUCAAAUCUGCAAAGGACCUUCACUAUUUACCACAUGGGAAGUGUCCCAGCAAGUGGACACAGCCAUGAGUAAAAAGAGAAAUUUUCACUUAAAAUUUCCCUUUUGGUUCUCUCAUCCCUAGGCCUGUUAGCUGUUUAUUUCUCCUAGGAGUAGCCUCUGGUCUUACAGAAGAAAUAUCUGGAACCCCACUUUGGAAAACACUGAGACCAGUCUAGAAAACGGGGUGGUUCACACCGGAGCACCGUGGGCUGCUCUCUAUCCGCUACCCCAUGGAGCAUGGCAUUGUCAAGGACUGGAAUGACAUGGAACGCAUCUGGCAAUAUGUCUAUUCUAAGGACCAGCUGCAGACUUUCUCAGAGGAGCAUCCUGUGCUCUUGACUGAGGCACCUUUAAACCCACGGAAAAACCGGGAACGAGCUGCUGAAGUUUUCUUCGAGACCUUCAACGUGCCAGCUCUUUUCAUCUCCAUGCAAGCUGUGCUUAGCCUUUAUGCCACAGGUAGGACCACGGGUGUGGUGCUGGAUUCUGGGGACGGCGUCACCCAUGCUGUGCCCAUUUACGAGGGCUUUGCCAUGCCCCACUCUAUCAUGCGCAUCGACAUUGCUGGCCGGGAUGUCUCUCGCUUCCUUCGCCUCUACCUGCGUAAGGAGGGCUAUGAUUUCCACUCAUCCUCCGAGUUUGAGAUUGUCAAGGCCAUAAAAGAAAGAGCCUGCUACCUAUCCAUCAACCCCCAGAAGGAUGAGACACUCGAGACAGAGAAGGCUCAGUACUACCUGCCUGAUGGCAGCACCAUUGAGAUUGGUCCUUCCCGAUUCCGGGCCCCUGAGCUGCUAUUCAGGCCGGACUUAAUCGGUGAGGAGAGCGAGGGCAUCCAUGAAGUCCUGGUGUUUGCCAUUCAGAAGUCUGACAUGGAUCUGCGGCGCACACUUUUCUCCAACAUAGUCCUUUCAGGAGGCUCCACCCUGUUCAAAGGUUUUGGUGACAGGCUACUGAGUGAAGUGAAGAAACUGGCUCCAAAAGACGUGAAGAUUAGGAUAUCUGCGCCUCAGGAGAGACUGUAUUCCACAUGGAUUGGGGGCUCUAUCCUUGCCUCCCUGGACACAUUUAAGAAGAUGUGGGUCUCCAAGAAGGAAUAUGAGGAAGACGGUGCCCGAUCCAUCCACAGGAAAACCUUCUAAUGUUGGGACAUCAUCUUCACCUCUCUCUGAAGUUAACUCCACUUUAAAACUCGCUUUCUUGAGUCGGAGUGUUUGCAAAGAACUGCCUAUGUGUGAGUGUGUGUGUGGGUACGAGAGUGUGUGCUCCGUGCGUGUGGCCCAGGGAUCCCCGGGCCCAAAAAGGAUGAUGAACUACCCACAAUGGCGAUGGCCUGAGGCGUGGGGUUGACCACUAACUGGCCCCUGACAGGGAAGAGUGCCGGCAGAGGCCACACUUCUUCCCCAACUGGGCCUUUGGCUGGCUGUGUGGCCAUACGAUUACUACCACACAGAGACGAUGAGGGAGGUAAGGCAACCCCCUAGGGAGACCUUGCUGCUGCCCAUCCAAGCUGGGCUGACCCCAACCCCACUCCCACCCUCAGAGGCCCAGGCCACUUCUGCCUCCCCCUGUUUGUCACUUUGUUCUUGAUGCCUCUUGACGCAAGCUGAGGGUUGGGGCUGAGUUCCAUCUGGUUUUGUUGCCAUUUUGGUUAUGGAGGCUAGAAAAACACUCUAGGAGCUGUCCUAGGGCCUCUGGGUUCAGUAGAGAGCAGGAGGUCCUUGCAUUCACCUGGGGACCUGGACCACUCUGGUCACUGGUGGAGAGCAGCAGUCAUACUACUUCUGAUUGACUAGAGAGCUAAUGCUCCAAGCCUAGCCAGUCCCUUUCUAGGUUUUGGGAGAAUUUAAGGAGUUUGCUGGCUUCGGAUCCUGUCACUCGCUUUUCAUCCAUCCAUGUUGCAAUGCCAUCUUCAGUUUUACUUAUUUAAGUGUUUGUUCAGUGAGGGGCUGGGGAGAGGGCACCAUCCCUGCCCUGCUUGCUGAUGUUUACAGACCUACGUGUAGCCUAGCACCCAGGGCCCCGCCUUCCCUCUGCUGCUGCUGAGCUGACAGUGUCCAUAGGCUGCAGGGCCACUUGGGAUCACUGGCUACACUCAAAGGCACUCCCACCAGCCUCUCUUCCUCUUCUGCUUGCUGGAAUCAACAGGCCACUUGCUGGUUGGAUUUUCUGAAACAGGAGGUACAAUUACUGUUUGGCAGAGGCCCCUAGCAAAAGAGGGGUGUUGGAGUACCCUUAGGACUGGAAAAAGCUGCAAUUAACCAAGUUGCCUUUUGCCUCAAGCUGACCAGGGGAUUAGGUUGUAAAGGUGGGACAGCCCCAUCUGGGCUGAUCUUGUGCCAUUCUUGACUUUGGACCUGUUAGGGAGGGAGAGGGCCAGAUGCUGAUGGGCCCAGGCCUGGCUCCUCAUAGUAGUCCAAAAGUCCUUCAGUCCAGAUCACACAAAGCUGGGGCCAGCCAGUCUUCACUGUCACCCUUACUUGUGACACCAGUACCCACUCCAAUCCCAGAUUCCAGGCAGUAUUCUCUCUGUGACCAAAGGCCCCGCCACAUGUGGGCCACAGCAGCAGGUGUGUUUGAAAGUGAUGUGGCGCCCCGGGGACUGCAGCACGCUUAACCAGCUCACCUCCCUUCUCCUAGCCCGAGCCUGUCCCUCGCACAGCCUCGCACAAACCAUGUUGCCUGCCUGGUGGGGCCCAGUGUACUGAAAUAAAGUCGUUCCGAUAGACAGUC